CAAAGGCUUUAUAAAUUAUGUAUCAGAGUAAACGUGCAGUCAAACGAUUGCCCGAGGAGUCUCCGUUUAAGUCUGCUGUACUUUGAAACCUUUAUAGCAAGUAAAUUCAACGGAACUUAAAAUGGUUAAGGCAGUCACAAAACCCGUCGCCGAAAAGCCGCCGCCUGGCGAAUCGAUGCAAGUCAACAUGGACGACGAAAGUAACGCCGAAGUCGCAAAGGAGCCAGUCGUGGUAGAAUUUACAAGUGGAGAACGACGAAGAUCUCCGCGGACGUGUGUUUUCGUAACUCUUCUUUUAGUGGUGUUGCUGGUAGGAUUUCUGGUUGUCUACUCAAUCGAGAAAUCAAACCGGGACAAAAACAGACCCAAUGAAUGGAAAUAUGGUGAAGAUGGCAUUAAGAUUACAGUUCCUCCGAGGGUAUUAAAUAGUUCAGAAUCCAUCAAUACAUUUUGGUGUGGCACAGAUGAUGUUUCUUGGGAAACUCAGGAGGAAUUUUACACUUUGUCAGAUGCUAUCAGUCAAGAUGACAUUAUGGGUUUAAGGCCCAUCUUCAGAAAGGAUCUCCCACAUAAUUAUGUUGCAUACUGGGAAGCAAAAAUCAAUGGAAAAACUGGAGAAAAAUAUGUGAUCAUCUCAGCUGCAAGGCAGACGGGAGAUCAUCGUCUCGCCGAAGAAGGAUCUUUGCCAAGUCCUUCAGAUAUACUAACAGCCCAAGCCAACAGUAAUGGGUAUGGCUGUCACAGAGUCUAUCGACUGAGACCGGAUGGUCUCAUGGCAUGUGAAGAUACUGAUGUAAACAAAAUAGUCGCUAUCACAAGGAACAUUGAUACAGAUUCUACGGAUAUUGAUUGGAGACAUCUGGACAAACAAGUGACUCGGGAGUUACCCAACAUGGAGAGAGAAUGGCAAGAACAAGCUGAACGAUUGAAAAAGAUGCCAGAGUGGAACAGGUUCGAGUGGUUGUCCAUGGCGAUAGCAGACGUUAGCACAAAACCAACCACACUAGUUCAACCAUUCACAACCACGCCAACACAGGAAUCAUCCGUUAACCUAGAAACAGAACAUAACUUCGAAGUGGAAGAAACGGACGAUGGUUUCAAAGCAGAACUGGGACUACACCCGGGCGACUCGGUUCGGAUUCCACUCGGUGAGGGCUUCCGUGAGGUCCAUGUCAAGUUCGUCGGCCUUCGGGAUGGUGAUUGGAGGAAAGCAAAGAGCGGCAAGAAACGUUGGCAGAAACGACUUUGUCGCGUUUUGGGUGAUUUGUGUGAUAGUGACGGAAAUGUAGAUAUCUCUACGGUUAGCAAACGUUUCUUCAAACUGACGAAGAAGGGUGAUCGUUUUAUUAAAGUCAAAGUUGACGCAGACGAAAAUUUUGUUCGAAGACACCUCGGUGGAAGGGAAAUACGGUUUAAAGUAGAACUGCGGACCCGCGGGACUCAGACCAUGGUUAUCAACUACGGGAUUAUUUUGAAGAGUAGAAGGCAUCGACGCGCUUUCUCCAACAAGCACCAUAGAAUACCACAUGAAGAGUUGUUCCCAAAGUAUCGUCAGCAUCAUCAUGGCCAGUGCACGACGGGUUCAGGGCCAGUGGCUUGGGCAAAGGUACUCGGCUAUUUCGAUAAUAUGGCGGCUAGGACCUACAAUUCAAGUUAUUCAUCACUGAGUAAUUUGCUAGAUGGGUCUGCUCACUUACCACUAACAAUGGACUCAUCGGUAGAAAACGUGACGCAACGGAUAUUUUUCGAGCUUGGAUCGCAUUGUUCACACCAUGGUGCAGGAGUAACCUCCCCUGCUCAUAUGGUGCGAAUCAAGGAAGCCUUUGAGAAAGUCCCGGGACGAGAGCUUAAAGUUAUGCACCAAGGAUACCAUGAAGGCGAGGCUGACUCGUGGACAAACUUGAUCAUCGAUCUUCUGAAAAAAGGUUACCCUGUUAUUGUAAGUAAAGAGAACAGAAAACAUGGCCAGCACCACUAUGUGGUUGUAACAAGAAUCCGACAGAGCGGGAGGUAUUACAGUUUUUGUCAUCGCCAGACAGGCCAAUGUUCGCCAUGGACUUUAAAGGAAGAAUCGCUAAUGUUUAUUCACGAGGAAGACGCCCCUGGUAAAUGGGAACCCGCCGACAUUCGCUUUAUGGUUGCAGUCGUUGAGAGAUGAACUUAACCAUCGCAAGUCAGUCUUAGCAGAAGUAAUCUGAAUGUCGCUUCUGCGGCUACACACGUAGAAUGGGUUCUGCUAACCCCACAAACGAUCACUUAAAGACUACUGCAUGCUCUUUUUUGCUUUGACUUCUAGUAAGUGAUAAAAUCCACUUUGUAAAUAUUGUAAUGUGGGGAAGGCGUCUGGAAAAUUGCCUUGAUACACAAGUAAUUUAUAUUUGGUAAGUCAAAUUAUUUUCGGUCAUACUUUACAAGUUCUUAUUUUUUUAUUGUACGAAAUGGUGAUUGAUUGAAAUUUUGUACUGUUGUCAUUUAUUGUAUCAAAUUUACGGUCGAGGUUAUUCCGGUGUAUUUCAGUUUUUUUGUUAAGCUAUAUUUUACUGUAUUUCAAAGGUUGUUGCCAUUUUUAUUUCUUUAUUGUUAAUAUUGAAAUGUUUAUCAAGUUUGACUCCAUUUUUCUCGGAAUGACCUUGAUUUCGAGGCGUUUUUGCUUCUGUAGAACUGACGUUAAAUAAGCAACUUGCGGAUUUUUAUUUAUGCGAAAGUAUAAAAUAUCAUUCUUUACUGAAAAGUACCUCGUAUUAUGUUUUCGAAAAUCGAUAGGUACAGACUUGGGUCCUGAUUUUGCUUGUCGUAGAUAUGAGACACUUAAUAGAAAAAGGUACACGUAUACGCAACGAAAUAUCUUUCAUACUAGGUGACGGAUAUGUGGAAAACAUUAGAUGGGAAUUGAUGCCUUUUUUGGCAUCCAUUUGCUACGAGAAAACGAAGGCAAAACUUUAAACUCUUGUAACAGGGGUGGGGAAUAAAUGGCAGUUGAUGAGUUUGAAUACACUGAUGCUUCAACAGAGAAAAAAUGCUGUUACAUAACCUGUUCGACCGAAUAGUAAUCUCGGAAAUAUCUGGAGGUGUCCGAGUGUAGACAAUGCGGUGCGCAGGGAUGACGUUAUUCUCUGCAAAAGUUUACUGGAUGUGUUUUGAUGUCUUUACCUCAAAGUUUGAGGAGGGGAACCGUACAGUCGAGGCUUGUCAGAGAAUCCCGUCGUGAAGCUGAGGUGCGUGUAUUGUGUAAAAUAAAGAUGUGGUAUGGCUCUCAGCCAGAAGAA